AUGCUUCGCACAAGCCGCAGUGAUGGCUGGAAAUCUUGCAGCAAUGCGUUUAACCGCCAGAUCGGGAUAGUCAAGAAUUUUACGGCCAUCAUCUACAGAGAAAAUCUGUCGUUGAUUCUCAAAACUGAUAAUUCAGAGCUGGGGUAUUGUUUCGUUUGCCUCUCUAACACCAACUCUCUUGAUCGAGGCUGUGGCCACUUGAUGUGCAGUAAAUGUUUCGCUGACUACUGCAGUAGCAGGGUUCGUGGAGGCGACCUGCAGGGUCAUUGUUCGUACUUGAAAUGUGCAAAAUUGUAUUCUUUCGAAGCGGUUAAGUCUGGCAUUGAUGAAAACCUGACUUUUGAGCUUGACAUGGCAACUAUCCGUCACUAUGUGUCUUCAAAGCCUGAUAUAACUUGGUGUUCAGGUCUUCUCUGCUGCCUCUUCAAGCAUAGAAACUAG